CCGACUUAACGUAGAGGAGGUAGUCUCUUAACAACUUAAUUCAUAUACCUAUUAAACAUUAGUGUUGAGAUAAAAUGAAAACUGAUUAACGCUGUGGAAUCUUCGCUGCAUUGGCGCAUUGUCUGUCUCAAGGUGUCGAAACGUUCGGUUGUCUGUCUGUUAGUUGGUUGGUGUCCAUACAGCUUACAAUUCAGUGAAAUCAACCCGGAAAACGUGUAUUUGACUCAAGCUUUAUAAAGCAUUCUCAGACUUUGUGAAAUGGCGAAUAAGGAAUCAGACAAUUCGGACAGUGCCAGUAGCGUGGAUCUCCCCGCCAUUAGUGGACUGAACAAGAACAGCGCCCACCCCGAGGAAUGGACCCUCCCCCACGAGUGGAGCAUGGAGAAGAGAGAGUUAUUUGAGAACUGGAAAAUGGAUGUCCAGAACCAAAUAGCUAACCUGGCUUCUUCGCUGGAAAAAUCUCUGGCACAAUACCCAAACCCUGAUGCUGGGGAAUAUUUUAAUUAUGAGGACGAGAAACUGAAAGCCGAAUUCGAGAAACAACAGAGACUUUACGCGAGAUAUGCCGGUGAUACUCUAAACUACGGACUCAGUAGAAACCCGGAAAAAGCUUUCCCGGAUAAAUAUUGACACGUGACUAACUUUAAAGUGAGUGUGAGAAAUACCAUACGUUCUAAGCCCCCGGUCCUUGCCACAGUCCUAGGAUCCUUAAGAACAUUUGGAUUGUUAUACGCAUCGUAAAUUUGUUGUGUCCAUUGUUAAUAGGCUAAAUUAAACACAUUGCUAUCCUUA